CUUCUCCAUGGGCAAGGAGGGCAAGAGACUGAAGAGAUGCUCCACAUCCACCGAUGUUGAAUCACCAGAUGGUGAGGGCACGAAGCCUUUGCAGAAAGCUGAGGGAGAGCCACAGAACUCUGAGACGGAUGUAAAUCCGAAGAAACGCAAGAAGAAAUCUAAGAGCAAGCAAACUGUUGAAGAUGAUUUGGAACCCAAGAAGACAUCUGAUCAAGAGAAGGAAAUGAAAAAAUUGAGGAAAUCUUUCAAAGAGAUGACUGAAACUAUGAAAAACCUGCAGGAUUUUCUCAUGGGGAAUGCUGAUCUACUACCGGGGAUUUCAAUGAAGGCUGACAACAAAAUGAUGCAUGAUACCUUUACACUUUAUAUAGCUUUCUACUCUACUGACUUUUGA